GUGCCACAUCAGCUUCCAUCCAGACGAGGCGAGACGAGACGCCCUAUAUCUUCCUAAAUCAACAGCCUCUCUCCUUCUGGUUUCUCGCUUGAGCUAAGGAACCCUAAAUAAGCUGCUCUAUCUUCUGCUCGCUCUUCCAAAAUAUUUGUUAUUGGUCACUUCUAGGCCUUCAAAUCUGUUUAAUCUGAAUCAUAAAUUAUCAAUCGGACGUUUCAAAGUUUCUGUUGCUGCCUAUCUGGAGUCACUGGACUUUAGAGUUUGCAUUGUUAUAAUAGAGAUUUCAACAUGCCAAAGGAGAGAAGAGAUCGUUCUGUCUCGUUUGAUAGAUGCAAGGCAUCUCCUUAUCCAUGCAGCUCUAGCCAUGCUCAGAGAUCUUCUGCUAAAAUCUCUUCUGAAACCGAGGAAAAUUUGAAGGAAUGGGAAGAAGCGAGGUGCCCUGUUUGUAUGGAACAUCCUCAUAAUGCAGUUCUUCUGUUAUGUUCUUCCCAUGAGAAGGGCUGCCGCCCCUAUAUGUGUGACACAAGCUACCGCCACUCCAACUGUCUCGAUCAGUUCCGGAAGUCAUUUGCUGAAACCUCAGCAGUGACACCACAUCAAGAAGAAAUCCUACCUACAAACUCAGUCUCAGUUGUUACUUCAGAAGCAGCAGUUACUGAUUUGCAAGAAGAAAGAGGUGAGGAAGGUUCCUCAGCUUCACAUUCCUUUUCUUGUGAGAAGAAGGCACCACCAAAGCUAGUAUGCCCACUUUGCCGUGGCCAGAUUAAAGAUUGGAUAGUUGUGGAAAAUGCUCGUCAGUUUAUGAAUGCAAAGACAAGAUCUUGUUCCUGUGAAACAUGCAAUUUCAGUGGCACCUACACAGAUCUCAGAAAGCAUGCUAGGUUGGAACAUCCCCUUGUGCGGCCAUCAGAAGCAGACCCAGAGCGGCAGCAUAAUUGGAGAAGAUUGGAGCGUCAGAGGGAUGUUGGGGACUUGCUCAGCACACUUCAAUCGACCUUUGGAGAGGAAGGGGCUGAUAGUGGUAUUUUGCCAAUUGAUGAUGGGGGUUGGUUUACUGUAUUUUUUCUCAUUAGAGUCUUUAGACCUGGGUCUAGUCCAAGGAGAAGUAGCUGGUCCGGUACCUCAAGAGCCAGAGCACGCCUUGGUCUUAGAAGGAGAUCAACCCGACUUUGGGGGGAGAGCUAUGAUGGGGAAACAGGAUCUUCUUCCAGGGACGACGAUAAUGACUCAUCAGAUGGUGGGUCAGCUCCACCAGGGCGCAGCGUGCGCUCAAGGCGGCAAACAACUCCUGACAACCAGCCUUAACAGCAUGUCCUCUGCUGCACCUGUAUGAUCCUUUUUGUUUGGAAGUUUCCACUGUGGAGCGGUGGGAGAAGAUUGGAGGUAAGUUAGCAGUGCUCUAGCUUUGGUCUUUUCCACAUCGUGUGGAACAGACUGGGUUGGAGUUGAUUGAAAUUUAUCGGAGCUUUGUGAAAUUGUAAUUUAAGGUGAACUUUUAAUUGAUCUCUAUGUAUAUUUUUCUGAAGCAGCUCGUUUCCUUUACUAGGCUUUGCUGCCGCUGCUUCUGUCAGAAUUGUCAUUGAAUUGGUUAAAUAAAAUUUUAUUUAUUUGUGGCGUCCAAA